AUGAGCACAUUAGAACAAUAUUUAAAAGUAAUCGGAUUGGAAUCAUACCAAUCAAUUAUGAUCGAUAAUGGUUAUGAUGAUCCAGAGUUAAUUGCAGAGUUAACUGAAGACGAUUUAGUUGCUAUUGGUGUAAAGAAAGGCCAUGCCAAAAGAGCAUUUUUAAAAUCAAAAGAGUUAUCUAACAAGACUGUACAUACCCAUGAAGCAUCUCCAGAUAUCUCAUCAAAUUCAUCAUCUUCAUCCGCACCACCAAAUUCACAACAACCACCAGCCAAAGAAAGAACUACUACAAUUAGUAUUGGCAAAAAAGGUAAUGAUGAUGAUGAAGAUUCAGGUGAUGAAAAAGAUGAUAAACCAAGUGGUCCAAUGCUCCAAAGUAAAGUUUUACAUGAAGGUUUUGUUCAAAAGAAAGGUAAUGAAGGUUUCUUUGGUUCUAAAAUGUUCCAAAAGAGAUAUUUCAAAAUAUAUGAAGAGGGCCGUUUAGCUUAUUUCAAGAAUAGUCACGAUGUUUCACCAAUUAAUGUUAUUGAAAUGAGAGGUGCCUUAUCUGUCGAUGAUAUGGAAAAUAAAAAUACUGGUUUUAAACUUUCAAUGAAAACAUCAGCUCGUGUUUAUUGGUUGGUUUGUCAAAAGCUUGAUGAAAAGCAAAAAUGGGUCCAAGUUAUUAAAUCUCAAAUUACUCCACCAGUCGUUCCAAAAGCAGUUGAUCCAAAUGAAAUUAAACCAUACCUCCAACAUCGUGAAGAGCCAUCACAAUGUGCAUCAACUCGUUUCGAUUCACCACUUAGUUGGGGUGCUAUUGAAAAACAAUCUGAAAAUGGUAUGAUUCGUCUUCACAUCCAUAGUAACGGAAAAUUAUUUGUCGAAGAAAUUCGUGCUAUUGAACUCGAUGAAAACAAUCAAGUUAUCAUUAAAGAUUUACCAAAAGAAAUCGACGAACGUUCAGUUCACUUCCUUUCACUUUCAGAACCAGCUGCUUUUGUUAUGGAACAAACCUAUUACCACGAUGAAAAGACACCAGAAAAAAUGCUUGAGAAAUUAAUUGGUAAAGAAAUCGAAGUAUCAGUUCCACGUGAAGAUAAAUUUGAUGAACCUGUUGUAUUCAAGGGUGAACUCAUCUACAAUCCAAAAGAAUCACAAUAUGCUCUUCAAAAUAGAGAAACCAAUACCAUUCACUUUUUAAAGACCCACGAAGCCAUCAGCUAUAAUCUUUUAGAAAACCAAGUAGAGCCAAUUUUCAAAGAAUCACAAUUAGAUUGGAUUGUCGCUGGUAAUGAAAAGAAACACCUCAUUAAACUUUCAUACAAUUCAGAAAACCUUUUCAAAUGGCAUUCAAACUAUGUUGCUGUUCUUAAUCCAAGAGAAACAGAAAUGGAAUUCAGAGGUUGGUUUACAAUUGAAAAUGAAUCAGGUAAAACUUUCAACAAUACCAAUGUUAUUUUAGUUAGAGAGCCAAGCGAAAAGAAGGUAGACGAAAAGAAAGAUAGCGAUUCAGACUCAGCACUCCCAGUUGCUCUUCCAAAACUUGGUGGAUUCAAAUUAGGAAAGCUCCCAAGUUUUGGUGGUGAUAGUAGCUCAACCCCAGCUGAGCCAGAAAAACGUAUCUAUCGUUACGAAAUCCCACAUAAAACUACCCUCAAAAAUAACGAACAAAAACAAAUCUGCUUUGUCUCCACCAAAUUACCAGUUAGAUCAUUCGAUUUUAUUUCUUUUGAUACACCAAAAUACACCAAAUACACCAAUGUCAAUAAAGAUCAUGGUGCUGUCGCCACUGCCCAUGUAGACUCAUCAGUACAAUUCACUUGGAAUCUUCCAUACACCAUCCCAGCCGGUUCAAUGAAACUUCAAAGACAACUUAAAGAUCACUUUGGUUCAGAUAUUGUCAACUCAUUCGAAAUCGAACACUUUAACCCAAGUGAUAUUGUUACUCUUCCACUCCAGCCAUUAGGUAAAGUUUCAGCAACUCGUACCCAAACCGGUUACAACUUUGAUAUUAAUAACUUAUACAUUGUCGAAACUUAUGAAAUUCGUGUUAACAAUGGUAGAGAAGAACCAGUUCGUAUCACCGUAGAGGAGUCAAUGUACAGAUGGGAAUUCUUCGAAAUAACCUCAAGUCAAUUAACAGAUAGCAACGGAACCACCAACAUCAAGUUUAUCAAUCAUCCAACCCAUCCACGUAGAGUCCAAUGGGUUCUUAAUAUCCCACCUUUAGACGGAAAAGUUAUCAAAUACAGUGUUUUCUACUCUGGUUUAUCAUUACCAGAAUCUAUGAUGCCAAAAAAGUAA